AUGGGAGACUGCAAGGGAAUUUCCACACCAGCAACUUCAAAAGAUAAGAUGUCUGCUAUACAAAGCCGCCUAAUGAGUGAUCCCACGUUAUAUCGGAGUAUAGUAGGUGGAUUGCAAUACUUGAGUUUAACCCGACCCGAGGUCUGUUAUUCAGUUCACAAGGUUUCUCAAUUUCUUCAUGCACCUACUGAGGAUAAUUGGUAUUCGGUUAAGCGUAUAUUGAGGUAUCUCAAGCACACUGUUGGUCAUGGUCUUUACAUCUCCAAAUCGGCAAACACAGAUUUGAAUAUAUAUACUGAUGCUGAUUGGGCGAGUGACAUUGAUGAUUGCAAGUCUACCAUAGGUUAUGCUAUUUUCAUGGGCACAAAUCUCAUAUCUUGGAAUUCCAAGAAACAACAAACAGUUGCUCGUUCAUCAACAGAGGCUGAAUAUCGAGCUAUUGGUCUUGCUGUCACUGAAUUAACUUGGAUUCAGUUAAUGUUGCGUGACAUUACUUUCCAUUCCACCAAAACUCCCAACUUGUGGUGUGAUAAUAUUGGCGCAACAUAUCUGUAA